CACGACCACUAAUUGUAAGUGAAAACAAAGACAUCCCCAACACGUACGCAUCUCUGAACGCAACUAGGAACGCGGAAAUACGGAUCACAGAGAUCAGCAUGCAGCCUCCUCAGCAUCACUUCUCCCGCGUCGUCCUCGCCGUCCUAAUCUCGCUGGCGGCCGUCGGGAGUCAAGCAGCGACACUCAGGGGAGAUGAAGACGUAUCAGAUCUUGCUGCAAGAUUUAGAUGGCGCGACCCCUACAACUGGCAGCUGGCUCCGGAGAGGGAUAUAGCCGUCCCUGCCCUGCCAGAUGGCCACAAGAAGUUCCAGUUCUACGUCCUGGAUGAGAGCGGCCAGCUGGUCCAGGAAUGGUUCACGCUGCAGGAGAUUCAGGACCUCCUGAUUAGGGUCGGACCAAUCUUCAGGUCUGAGGGUGAGGCUUCCAGUCCUUCUACAGACAGCCCUGAAGACAGCAUUCACCAGGUCAUUGCGUCAGUGCAGCAGGUGAUCUCAGAGGAGUUCGCCCACACGCAGAGAACAACGACACGCCCUUCCAAGCUAACGGGGAAUCCAUCGACAUCCCGGAAGCCAUCCUUCACAAUCUCAUGAGUCAUCCCUACUUCACGACGUCUUGGCUGACCCUUCCUACGACACGACCCGAAGAGACGACGACCAAUCCGUGGAUGCUUGGAGGUGAGGAUCAAGUUCGGGAGGAGGUCGUUGAGGAGGUGACCGAGGCUCUAGAGGCCAGCGACGGAUUCACGGAAGCCACUGCCUCCACGGCUUCUGAAGGGACUGGUGGUCAGGACGAAGGAGUUACGGAGAGUGCGAUUACAGAGGCAGCGCUGGAGGAAUCCGUCGUUACCGAAAGUGCGAGUGCUGAGGUCGUCCUUCCAGAGGUCGCUGAUUUGAAGGCUUCCAGUGACUCGGAUGAGGCCAAAGGCGACCCGCAAACCACAGAGUCGACCGGCACUGGCGAAACAGCAACGGAAGGCAUCCCAGCACGAGCUUCGGAUUCUACGGCCUCUGCCUCGGAGACCACCACUCCCCAGCCAACGCAGAGGCCUCUCCUCGACCGCUGGAAUUCCCGCUUCCCCGCCUGGACCGCCUUCCCCGGCCGCGAUACCCCGACAACCAUUGCCAUUCCCAGCUACGACCUGGAGCCUGCGGACGACUACAACUCCAGCCCUGUCGGCCUUUCGGGAAUCGAGAGCCCUGUGAAUGAUGAAGUCGGUGUUGAGGUCGGAUUCACGACUUGGAAUUAUCCAGGAAAACACAAUGAGGCAAUGGAUGAAAUGCCUACGACCGUAGGCGCCGAUAAUCUUCUAGAAGAUUCUGCAACAAUGUAUCCAGAAAACAGCAAUCAAGAAAGACCAACACAGGACAUCCUCUUGGUCCCUGACAAUGAGAACUCCCUUCCUCGAUCUACCACACCAGGCGCUGCUAUGGGUUCAUCUGAAGUCGCAACCGCCAAUGACGCCAUAAUCAUACCUACUACACAGUUCAAUAUGAAUGAAACUGCCGGGACAAUGAACACAACGGAAUCUGACAACGAACAUAUGACAGAAACAAGUCUUUCUGAGGUUGAAGUUGAAUCCUAUUCGGUGACGACUCUGUCUCCAACGACCACGGCGCCUGAGAAGUACCAGGACAUGACGUCAUUACCUGAAAUCCCUAGUGACAACCUACAGAUGGAAAAAGAUGAUACUACUGAAUAUUACCCAUGGUCAACCGAUAAUAUCAAUCAAUAUUUCCCGUUGAUGAGUGACCCACUGCUCUCAGAUGAAGCUAUGACGUUGCUUGACAUCUUCCAGUAUCAGGGCGAUGCAUCUGGUCAUCUUGGAGAUGCGCCGCACUAUGACUUCCCAGUAUUUAAUGACAAACCUUCUCAGAGCUCUGAAGAAGUCACAACUGAAAGUGAUGUAACUAUGGCGAGCAUGGAUGAGCAAGACUCAGCCACGGAAUACUCCAUUAUUCAGGAUCUUACCACUGAUGUAGCCCAAAUUACAUCCCUACAGGAGACUCCCAGCGAUUCGUCAGGACAGGAUAUGUUCAAUCAGAACUCCGACAUGGAAAACCUGGAAACCUCAAGUCAGACCACUCAGUACCCCACAACAGAUGGCCCAUCGUCUCCCACUAUCAAAGACGGCUCAAGUCAGGACCUCGCAAACCAAGCAUCCAACAUCCCGCCAUCGACAGUCAAUACACUCCUCCAGGAAGUGACGACCCAGUCUCCUGUCAUUCAGGACACCACGACGGAACUGCCUAGUUCUCAGGAAACGACUGAAAAACCCCAAGAUCUCCAAACGACAACCACUCAGGUUCCACUCCCUCUCUACUCAGCUACAAUCCCGGCCUCCUUAAGUCCCGCAUCAACCCCCGAGGAACCCGACCUUCCUGGGGGAACCCAACCGAGGAACCCUCACCAACGACCCCAACGACCCCAACGACGCUUCCAAACCUCCCAUCCACGGAUCUCCCGACGUCAACGCAAGGCACGAAACAGCCGGCGAUUCUUCCUCUAUACGAUUAUUACUACAACGACAACUUCGGCAGCUCUAACGUCCUGCCUCCUGCCCCGGCGAGCAACGAGGAGAGGAUAGACCUGGGGGCGCUGGAGAGGACCGGCGAUCAGACAGAGGACUACUACUACGAUGAUUACUAUCCGUCUGCCGUCUACCUGGACGACGUUAAUGAGGAUUACUACGACUACACCAACACGUCCCAAUCCGGCCCAAUCCUGAAUGGCACCGACCUCGGCUUCCCGGGACCGAACGCCACGAGUCCUUACCAUGAUCACCACCAUGGAGAACACCAUGGAGAACACCACGGGUCUCAUCACCAUCCGCAGAGUCAAUCGGGACCGCCGGCGAAGCUUCUGGAAGCCCCGCCGAAUAACCCCGGUCUCGAAGCUUCAGUCGAAGGACUCGAUCCGGACGUCAGGAAGUUCGUGGAUGUGAUGAAUGACGUUGCUUUCAAGGUGUACAAAAAGGCUGCCAGACAAUACAAGCGGAAGAACUUCGUCAUGUCCCCCUUGAGUCUGAUCUCCACCUUGAGCAUGCUCCUCCUUGGAGCCCGGGGAAAAUCUGCAGCGGCCCUGAGCGACCUCCUCCUCACGGAUCAGUUCUACACAUUCAACCCUCACCUCAUACUCAAGAACGUGACUCAAGUUCUACUCGAUAAUGACGGCGCUCAUGAUGUGGUGUUCCUCAAUCAGUUCCUCGUGGAGAAGCCAAAGAACCCCUACUCCUUAGACUUCUUCGCUCGCACCAUCAAGUUCUUCUACGGCGCCAGCGUGAGCCAGGUCACGCCCCCCGAGUUCGACUCCCACGUGCGCGACCGAGUCAACGCCUUGGUGAGGAACGUUACCUUCGGCGCCGUCGGGGACUUCCUCUUGCAGGACGAACCUCUUUACCUGACGCCGCCCCUCAGCGCCGUCGCCACCAAUUUCUUCCAUGGCCGCUGGAGUUUGCCCGUGACCCAGAAUGACCUCUUCGACAUGGACUUCUUGCAAUUCCCGACGGCGGAGAGGCGGCUGGUCAGAACAGUCGGGCUGUCCAAGAAGAUGACCAUUAACGCUGGUUAUUCGAGCGCUGCUGACGUCACCACUGCCGAGAUUCCGUUUUACUCUCGUCUGGGUGAGCUGUCCCUCAUCGUCGUCAUGCCGGGGAAACAGAAGGACUUUGUUGCUAACGGCCUGGCACAGCUGGAGGCGUCCCUGUCACCUGCGAAGUGGAGUCAGGUCCUGAGAUCGAUGCUGCCCAACACAGUCCAGUUCCAGAUGCCUGUCUUCAGACACAGGGCCUUCCAUAACUUCUCAGACAUCCUCCAGGACGUGGGUCUGAGUGAGCUCUUCCAGGCUGACAAGGCGGACUUCUCGGGGAUCAACAACGUGAAGGGCCUCCGCCUGAGCGACGUCGUGCAGCUCACGGAAUUCCAGUCGUGCCAGAUCGAGGAGCCCCUCCAGGACGGAUCCAUCUCCUCCAGAAGGGCUCGCAGGAUGGCUCAAGGAGGCGACGUCGACGAAACAGGCCCGACGGCUUACUACAGGCAAACCUACAUUUACGGCCUUCCCAUGUUCGAUUACAAGCUCUCGACAUGGGAUAUGCCUCCGUCGAGUCCCUCCACAGAGCGGAGUCGUCGCAGCCGCCCUCCGUGGCCUCACUGAGGACCGAAGCGCCUCCUCCUCCUCUCCCGGACCUCACUUCCUCGAAGACCGAGUGGAACGGUGACGGCUUCCCAGGACUUCAGGCGGAGUCCCUUCUGCGCCAGGACCUGCUGGACUACUACGGGCCUCUCCCAUCCGCCCCCGACGAGAACCGGGUCAACCGCAUGGGGAUACCGACAGGACGCAAGCCUGCCACAGGAGGGACGUACUACAGACAGGACGACACGGGGACGCUGGCCUUCGACCGCGCCUUCCUAUACGUCGUCAGACACAAUCCGACGGGCUUAUUGCUCUUCAUGGGGCGCUACCUCGACCCAGCCGCCAACUAAACCCUCGAUUUUCCUUUAGUUUUUAAGAUAUAUUCCAUUUCCUGCGUGGCAUUUUAGCGUUAAACUAUUUAAAUUUUCUCUUGUAUAGUUUGUAUUCUAGGUAGUUACUAAUUUCCCUGUUCUUUCUUUUGAACUCACGUGUGAUAUAGUGAAAGUGAUAAUUUCCUCCCAGUAGGUUAUUCUCUAAGUAAUCUUACCAGUACCAACGAGCAAUAAUGAUAACGCAAUUAUUACAAAAUUGUACCUGAAAUAUUUAUCACCUGGAGGAAAAAUGAACGUUAAAAGUGAAAAGGCGUUUAUGGUAUUGGCAACGAAAUGCACUGUAUUUUUGUUUCGUUUUGUUUCUGAUUUUUUAUACUGCUUUGAUGUACGAUGAAAGAUUCAGAUUCGGCAGAAAAGGUCGAAUAUAUCCCUAGCAUUACGUUAUAUGCAUAUGUUAGUUUCACUUUUUGUUAUCGUUAAUGAAGAUAUUGAGACUGCUGAUUUUUUUUAUACUUGUAAGAGGUGUACAUAGGACAUGACGUGUUAUUACGUAAAUAAAACCAACAAUCCAUA